UUGCGUCUAUCGGCUCUUAGGACUUUGGACACAUACAAAUACACUCUAAGCUCAUUCACAAAGGAAUUUCCUAGAGUAAAGGUGAGACUUUCUUCAACAAAGAGGGUGUAGUUCUUCCUUUAAAAUAAUCUUUCCCCUACAUUUUCUAGUCAUAGCUGGGACCUGCUCUACCCAAAGAAGAAGGCAACAAUGUGGAGAGCAGCUCUGUUAGUGUAUGUGUUACUGAACAUGGCAGAGGACAAAGUGCUUUCAAGCAAUGUGUCCACCAGCUCUACUCCUUUCCUGGGUAAACUUUUGGUGAUCCCAAUGGAUGGAAGUCACUGGGUAGGCAUGAAAGCAAUCGCUCAGGAAAUGGGUCGUCGUGGACACCAGGUGACAGUUGUAAUGCCGGAGAUCAGUAUCCGUAUGGGUCCAGGGAAACACUACCAGACUGUCACUUUCCCUGUCCCAUACGACAAGGCUUAUAUUGAUACAGUGAUGUCAGGAAACGCCAAUGUGAUGAGUAAAGACAUGCAGUCCUUUAUGGAGAAGGUGAGAAAGAGGAUAACACAGUUUCAGAGAAUAAGAGGAUUCCUUUUAGACACAGCAGAGAGCCUUCUGUUCAACAAUACACUCAUCUCUCAUCUUCAAGAACAGGGUUUUGAUGCUGUGCUGACAGAUCCUAUGGUUCCAACUGGAUCAAUAAUGGCUCGUAAAUUUGGUCUCCCCACUAUAAAUCUACUAAGAGGCAUACCGUGUUCAUUGGAUUUUAAGUCUGCUGUCUGUCCCUCUCCACCUUCAUUUGUGCCUCGCCUCUUCACUGGAUACACAGACAAAAUGAGCUUCAAGCAAAGAAUUAUUAACACUAUAGUGGCCAUGUUGGAACCAUUGCUGUGCCGUUUGCUCUACUGGCACUUUGAGCAAUUAACCUCUGAAUUUCUUGGUGAGGAUCUAACUGUGGCCGAAAUUCUGUCUGACUCUGACAUCUGGCUGCUAAGACUUGACUUCACAUUGGAGUUUCCUCGUCCUCUCAUGCCAAAUAUGGUUCUUGUUGGUGGUAUCAAUUGUAAAGUAAGAAAUCCUCUGCCAGAUGAUCUCCAACCAUGGGUUUCAGGAGAGCAUGGUUUUGUAGUGAUGACCUUUGGUACAAUGGUGACUAAUAUGCCAGAGGAAACCAGAAUAAUUUUCUUUGAUGCGUUUAAACAAAUUCCUCAAAAGGUCAUAUGGAGGUACAUUGGGUCAGUUCCCAAAAAUGUCCCUAAAAAUGUAAAGUUAAUGAAGUGGGUGCCCCAGAAUGACUUACUAGCACAUCCAGGGGCUCGAGCUUUCAUAACACACGCUGGCUCACAUGGCCUGUUUGAGGGACUCUGCCAUGCAGUUCCUAUGCUAAUGAUGCCAUUAAAUGCAGAACAACCUGACAAUGCACAGAGGUUAGCAUCCAAAGGAGCAGGGGUUGUGUUGAAUAUACAGACCAUCACUACUGAAAUCCUUGUACAUGGACUAAAGGAGGUUAUCAACAAUCCAAAAUAUAAGGAGAACUUACAGAAGCUGUCGGCAAUUCACAAUGACCAUCCUGUUGAUCCACUAGAGCUAUCUGUGUACUGGACAGAGUAUGUGAUGAAACACAAAGGGGCAAAACACCUCAAAGCUGCUGCGCAUGAGCUUAACUGGAUUCAGUACUUCAGCCUGGAUGUCAUAACAUUCCUUUUGACUGUCACACUGCUUAUUACAAUAAUUAUAAUCAAAGCUUUUAAAGUAUGCUUCAGAAAGUUUAGCUGGAAAAGAAAGCAAGAUUAA